CUUCAAUGAAUUGCAUUUUGCAACUUGCACCCAGACUAAAAUCUGAAGUAAAUGUUUACUGAAUCAAAACACUGUGUCAUUUUGUCUGACAGCUUCUGCCCCAGCUCCGAAUCAUCAUCACUGUUCUCUCCAUCAUCACCUACUUGCAUCAUCAUCAUCAUCAUCAUCAUCACCAUUAUGAUGAACUUCAACAGUACUGAAUCCUGGGUUUUUAUCAAUACUUCAUUCCCCAUCCUGCCUGUAAUAGUCAGUCCCACUAACAGGAGUGGCAUGGAAGCUUAUCUUCAAAGACUGGCUCAUUUAGAUGAGGGGCUUUACAAUGACUUCUACGGCCUCUGGAUCGCGCUGAUGGUCAUAAACUCUCUCAUAUUUCUGGUGGGGAUGGUGCUCAACACAGUUGCACUUUACGUUUUCUGUUUCCGGACCAAGCAGAAGACCACCUCAGUGAUCUACACCAUCAACCUGGCAGUGACAGACCUCUUGGUGAAUCUCUCUCUGCCGACUCGCAUCCUGCUCUACUACAGUGGAGGAGCAUGUCUCACCUGCUCCUACCUGCACAUCUUCAGCUACUUUGUCAACAUGUACUGCAGCAUCUUGUUUCUGACCUGCAUAUGUGUUGACCGUUACCUUGCAAUCGUGCAGGUGGCUUCCCGUCGGUGGAGGAACUCCAGUGUGGCCAAAUGUGUGUGUGUCUCUGUGUGGCUGUUUGCCAUUGUGGUCACCUACUCCUUCCUCUCCUCUGCUUUUCAGCAUACAGGCUGCUGCCUUUCAAAGCUCCUCUUUCUUACCAUCACUGAGUUCUUUCUACCCCUCGUCAUCAUUGUGGUGUUCACCUUGAGGAUUAUGUGGGCCCUUGCUGACCGCCGUCUGAUGCAGCAGAGCAGGGAGAGGAGAAGGAGGGCUGUCCAGCUGCUGACCACAGUGCUGAUCAUCUUCACUGUGUGCUUCACACCCUUCCACAUAAGACAGGUGGUGGUGUACUUCUACCCCGAGAUGCCUCAUCAUGUGAUUGUCUACCACUUAACCGUCACUCUCAGUAGUUUGAAUAGCUGUAUGGAUCCUGUCGUCUACUGCUUUGUUACAAAUAAUUUCCAGGCCACUAUGAGACAUCUUUUCCGUCGUGCAGAUCCCGAGCAGACCAGCGGAGACAUCAUCAGCAUGCAGCACAGUUCCAAGGCCUCAGGAGCAACAGCCAACGCCAUCACAAAUAAUGUGAUCAUGAUGACCAAGAUCCAUACAGUGUAAAAUCCCCUUUCAUAUGGGGUAAGGAGAACUACAGAGAUGCCACAGUUGUCUGGGGAACUGUGGUUGAUAUGUCUGGACUCUGCAGCAUACUGACCACUGAUAACGGCAUCAGUUUGUAAUGGUACAGUGCUGAGAGCUCAGGAUCGGCAGCUAAUGCUGUCCACAAUCAUUUAAUAUUGACCAAAAAUCUAUUCAUAAAAAGUGAGAUACAAACAAAGCCGGUUCAGCAGCCCAAAAACGUUUACGAACUACUUGAAUAAAUUACAACACUGACAAGAGACAAAUUUAGUCUGCACCCCAAUGUUAUCAUCAUGCCAAUAGCACCCUCUCAUUACUUUUCAGCUGUGACACUUCCAAAUUCAAUACACCAAUGACAAUGAUAACCACUUUUGUGCAGCAGAGGGCAACAUUGCACUCUCAUUCAAAGACUAUUACAGUAUAAGACCAAAGACAAUUUUAUUAGUCAGGUGGAAGCUGCUUGAAUUAACAGGGAGCACCUACAUUGUGAAUGUUUGAACAGGGGUUGUUGGGCUGUAAUCACAUUGUUUUAUUAUAACAAAGUCUGAUAUUACAUGCUGUUGAAUGAACACUGUAAUUUCAUCAACAAUGACCAGAGCCUCUCUUGGCAGGAAAAAAAAGUCACAUUAAACGACAUUUGAAAAAGUAGGGUGAAAUUUGAUCUGGUUAUUUUCCUUGUCUGAUGUUAAUGGGAUCAAGUUCUA